UGACGUUAGGGGCACGGUUCAAGUAUUUCAAGUGUACCAAGACUUUGUUUCACUCAAGAGUCCAUCCCCUCCGCCAAGCAGAAUGAGCUAUUUUACUGUAGUGCGCUGCUCUGUAAAGAGAACACUAGGAGCUCCGUCGCGAUAUGCAAGUGCGAGAUCCGCCCACAAAGCAGACACCUUGUCUAGCCUGAGAGGCCGAAGUACGAUGCAUAACAAUGAUCCGGAGACGCUGGAGCGAGAGAAACGAAGAAACUUGUCCGGCACCCAUCAAACUUCAUCCCCACACGAUGAUGCACCAGGGUGGAACGAAGAUCUAGCAUCCGCAUCCGAAGCACAUGUGAAGGCUGACCGCUCUUCCAUCACACUCGACGAUCUUCAGCGCAAGACGAUUGAUUAUGUUAAUGCGAAGCGUCAAGCAGAUGAGCAAAUGGAUCACAGAGAGGCAUCCUACCUGAAAGAUGAAGUAACUGGUCCCCUUGGUACUGCGAGAGUGGGUGAGUUUGAGGGCGUUGUCGGUGCUGGUGAUCUUGGAAUAGAUCAGGAGAGCACUGACAUAGAGCCAGACGGGCGCACCAUCAAGCGGCACGUCGUCUAUGAGGAGACAACAGAAGUUGUGAGAGAGCCCUGCCCAACGGAGAGCGAGGCUGAUGUAAAGGCAGACCGCGGGGAAUAUUCUUGAAUCAUGCCUGUUAAUCUUGCGCGAUUAAUGUCGCCCUUAUUGUAUCGAUACUCAACUUUUUGGCCGUAUUCCAUGCACUCGAUCACGCCAUGUGCUCCCCA